AUGUCAUGUGCACUGUGGAAACAAACUGCCAUUCCGGAGGAAUCACCAAGGCAUUUCAUGGUGAACGUACAUGCACAUCGCAUAGCAGGGCUGAAUCCAGCUGGAAACUUGCAAGCACCGCAACUUGCGAGGGAAGGAGACCAGCCUCCGGCGACAACACAGUAUGACUACAGUCUCAACCAUCUUGUAAUGCAGAACAUGUACACUCGCAGCCAAGACGACUUCGCGAACAUGAACGACACGGUCACGAACUUCGCACCACCCUUUGCGCCGUACGAGCCUCAACAUGCACAGGCGCAGCCUGAAACCGGCGCCUGCGUGCAAGGGGUGAUUUUGGAGGCAGUGCACAAGGCAAUUUCGGGGGUGAUCUUGGGGGCAAUUUCAGAGGCGGUGCACCAGACGAUCUUGGGGGUGGCACACCAGGUGGAUUUUUGGGGGGCCAAUGCGCAAGGCAAGUAUGGGGCUGGCAUGCAAGGCCUUUUUGGGGGUGGUGCGCAGGGGCCUGGGCAGCCUGAAUUUGCAGCUGGUGCGCAAGGUGCGCCUUUCGGGGCCGAUGUGCAGGGCAAAUUGGACGCCGUCAUGCGUGGCAUUUUGGGCCCCGACGCGCAGGUGAAGAUCGGCUUUGCAGCCGGUGUGCACGGCGAGCCUUUCGGGGCCGGCGCACAAGCUCAUUUUGGGGCUGGCGCGCAAGCUCAUUUUGGGGCUGGUCCGCAAGGGGUCACUGCGCACCCUCACAAGUUUGCGGCGGGUAUGCCUCGCGCUGGCCCGUCGCAGCAGGCCGCCAAGCUUGAGACCCUCACUGCCCAACCGAGCAGUGAGCCCAUGCAUGCGAUGAAGCUGAGUCCUCUCCCGGAAUCCCUCAAGAGGAAACUCCGUGCUGCGUACAUCCUGACGCUGAAGACGAUGAUGGAAGUACUCAUCAUCGGUGGUAAGGCCGUGUUCCCUGACAAAGGUCUAAUGGAUGACCUUGUUGGCACUGCAAUGUGGAAGGUGGCCCAGGUUGACCGCCACACCGAAAAGAUACCUGAGGACCUACGAGACACCCACGUCAAGUAUGAUCCAAUGCAGGACACAGAGCUACGUCGCAAAGCUCACGACAUGGUGUCGACCUUCCGCAGUACCUUCAAGUCCGCCACAGAGCACCUGUUCCCGUUCACUCAUCACGCUAACCUACUCCCCACUGAGACGAGCAGCCUCAUUGAGGAGGAUCUCAGUGAGCUCAUGAUCGACUGCGCCGACGCCUGCUCAAGCAGGAGGGCUUGGACCGAUCAUGUUGUCGAAGCAAAUGUGGAGUCAACGCCACUGCUGCAUAUCAUCGACCCUGCCAAUUCCACUAUUGUUGUCAGAGCAUUUGAGAGUCAGGGACUCAUCCCUGCAAUUCUCAAUGCCACCCUGUUCCAGUGGAAAGAAUGCUUGGGCCACACGGACUCAUCACUCUUCUGGGAUGGGAUUCCAACACAGGCGAUGGUGCUCGCAGCCUGCACUGUCAUCUGCUGUGCAGAGGAAUUCUCGAAGACAGGUAUGCACACAUCGAAGAAAUUCAGCAGUGAUUCCUAUGAGUGCAACACUCGAAAAAUUGCUGCCUACAUUCAUACCCUGAAGACUUCGGACACUGAAGCUGGUGCUCGCUUCAGGCGCCUGAACGCGAACAUUGUUCAUGUCGGAAAGUGA